GUUGGAAGCUGGUGUAGUGAGGGAUGAGCUACAUUGAUUGUCGGGACCUGGAAUAUGUAUGUGUUGUGGUGUAGUAAUAUAUAUAUUGAUUCAGCACUGGGUCUAACAAUCACAUGUUUUAGCUGUAAGUAAUGAUAAACUCCCGCCAUUGAUAACCAGUGUUGCCGUAGCACCAGACCUAGGCAGUUUUUGGAGAUUGUAUGUUUUAGUGUGCUAACAGAGCUAUAUAUCUGCCAGAUGAUUUAAGUUCAGUGACUGUAUCAGAGUUUACUUGGCCAUGUAAAUGGAUAUGCUUUUCUGUGGAUUUGCUGAGAGCGUUUGGCCAUGGGAUCGAAGGUGGACAAAGGGGGCCCGCCCUCGGCUAAGACAGAUCCACACCAGGAUGUCUGGGGCCUACUUCCACCGGGGCAUCACCAGACUAAGGGCUGAGGAAUUUUUACUCGGGGCCAAGGAGGAUGGUAGCUUCCUAGUCCGUGACAGCGAGACCUUAGCGGGGGCAUUUGUGCUGUGUCUACUAUACCAGUCUAGAGUGCAUCAGUACCGAGUUUUACCUGGAGCUGAUGGAAAACUCUCUGUCCAGGCUGAAGGUGGCAAUGUAGAACCUAAAUACAAUAAUCUAAAUGAGCUCAUCGCUGACUAUAUCAAAAAGGGGGACAAGAAUGGGCUCAUCUACGCAAUGAAAGUCCCGGUAUCUCCAGAGCGAGGCGAGGACCCAGACACAGGAUAUCAUCAAAUCUACAAAAAUGAGGAUGACUUUGAGGACAUAGGUCUUAUGCAGCAGCAACAACACCAAGUGAAGUUGCCGUCUUACGUAAACAUCUCUUUGGCUGGAGACAGCAGUAGUGUGACGGUUAACGGGCCUACACAACGCCUACAGAUGGAGCUCCUCAAAAACUUCUCCCGUCUCAACCUCACAGACUGUGAUACAGAAUUUACAGAUGUGCUGAAGAAGUACAUAGACAAGGGUCUGGACACUGAUGUCACUGCUAGCCAGUCAGGGGAGACAACCCUGCCUGAAUACCAGAGCAUUAUAGAGGGCGCUGCACGAGGUCUGAAGAGAGAAUUAGAAAGUUUUAUGAAAAAAAUGGCCAUCUUUGACGAAUUACUGGACAUUCCAAAUGUUUGUCCUGGGAUGCAGCAGAUGUCAGACAAGCAUAAGGAACAUGGCUCCGGUAUACCAGCGAUGUUGGAACUCAUGAGUAACUGUACGUCGGAUGUCAUGACAUUGGAGAGUAAGGUACAGGACACGGUGAGGUAUUAUGCUGUCUCUCACUACGACUAUGUGGAGCCAGAAACAGAAGACAAAGGGGUACCGGAUGACCUUACACCCUUUUUGUCUCCAAUGGGUAAACCAGUCAUUCCACGGAUUGAGUUUGAGGUGAAGACUCCGACGUAUAAGCAGACGGACAAAAUCACCUCCAAGAUGACUCUAACUAUAGACAUUCCAGCGGGUAAAAUGUUUGCCGUUAAACCUUCCAAGGAAAUCCUCGACUCCAACAGUCUCAUCACACACGACAGAAUUGUACAGUUGAUCAAAAGCUCAUCGGAUAACUGUCGCCUUGACCUUAUCUACGACACAAAGAAGAAGAUGACCUUCAUCUUCAACAGUGCACUUGUCCGGGAGAACUUUUGUCAUCGAAUCUUACAGAUGAAAAACAUGCAUUCCAAAGAUGUAGAAGUUGACCAGAUCUCCAUCUUCAUUGGAACAUGGAACAUGGGUGACAGUCAGCCAUUGAGUGGUAUUGCUCCCUGGUUGCGGUGUAAGGGCUGUAGUAAAGUGAAAGACCCACAAGUCCUGAGUGUGAUUCCCCACGACCUUUAUGUGAUUGGUACACAAGAAAGUGCACAGACGGAUAAGGACUGGGUCAACUUUCUCAAGAAAAACAUCAAAAGUAACUUCUUGUUGGAGGUAGAAGUGGUGGAGGUGUGUACGUUAUGGGGUAUAAGACUUGUGAUACUUUUAAAAAAGGAACUGAUGCACAACAUCAACAGGGUUCAAAGGUCAACUGUCAGAACAGGGAUCGCAAAUGCUCUAGGGAACAAAGGAGGUGUAGGAAUCUCCUUCUACUUCAGGGGUACCUCCUUCUGCUUCGUCAACACUCACCUGACGUCGGGAGACGAACGCAAUGCCAGACGUAACCAGAACUUUAAGGAUAUCAUUAAGGGGUUGUCACUAGGUCAGAAACAUCUCGGACUGACGGACAUCACAAACCAGUUCCAUCACUUGUUCUGGUUGGGUGACCUCAACUAUCGUGUGGAGGAGGAUAUACAGGUGCUGCUGAGGAAGCUGGAUGACAAUGAUAUAAAGAGUUUGCUGGCUAAGGACCAGCUACGACGAUCGCAGAAGGAACACAAGGGGUUCAAUGGUUUCCAAGAAGCAGAGAUUUUCUUUAAACCAACAUACAGACUUCCUAGGAGUGAGAGAAAGUGGAUUUACGACUGGAAGAAGGUCAAGAAGACGGGGGUUAGGAUAAAUACGCCGUCCUGGUGCGAUCGUGUGUUAUGGCGCUCCUACCCAGGAACAUACAUACAGAACCUUGCGUAUGGUUGUGCGGACAGUGUCCUUGGCAGUGACCAUCGUCCAGUCUUUGCCUUGUUCAACACAGGGAUUGCCUCAGACUUUGUGAUGAACCGGGACUCAUUGGCUGAAGAAUCUCCCACUAAAAUCGUGUUCCAGCAGAUUGAGGCUGAGCUGAUUACGUACUGCCGACAAACCUUCCAGUUAGAAUUCCAAUCCACAUGUCUUCCAGAAGUUGUGACGAGUAAGCCUAACAGCCGGUUCAAGGACUGUGCCCAGGGGUUUACCUGUCCAUUCUGGGGUAAACAGGAGAUACCUACGAUGAAGCCCCUGUUUGGAGAUGAAGACUUCCUCAAGGAACAACACAUUCUAAUAUCUGUGAGGUCAAAAUGUGGCGACAAUGAAUCCUACGGUGAGUGCGUUGUGGAGAUGAAAGGAAAGUUUGACCUCAUGCCGCAAGUCUUUGAGUUUGAACUUUUACACCAAGGGGAGGUCACUGGAACUCUUAGGGGUCAACUGCAGGUGUUGACUGGUCCUCUGGCUGUAGGGCGCAAGAAUUCAAAGAAGAGUUAUGAGCUUAUCGCAUUGGAUACGGAAUACCACGACCCCGAGUUGUGGCACCCAGAGUCACCGAAGUCGGAGCGGCGGGAGCGGCUGUCGGUACAACUGCCUAAUUUGGACACGGACCUUCCAGUGUAUGAGGUAAUAGAUAUGAACCCAGCAGCCGGUGGACGACAACAUAAGGGUACCAAGAGUCCUGCUGACCGUCCACCAGCGCUCCUACCUCGCCCGGUGCAAGAGGAAACUCAGAACUCCCGGUCCAAAACACAACCAUACAUGGGACAGGCCAGCCUCCAGACGAGACAAGUGUUACCAGCCAGUUCUACGUUACUUGGGUCAGAGGUCACAUCACACACCAGACCCCCAGACAUUCCACCCCCACCUCUUCCAAAGAAAAGUGGAGUAAUGACAUACCCGGACCAUGCUAUGAGGUACGACUCACUGAAGAGGCCCUCAAGUGUGACUGACUGGCUUUUAGGGCUGAGCCUGCCGGAAUACAUAGAGAGGUUCAUCAAAAACGGAUUCGACACUCUGCACUAUGUGACCAAUAUAAGUUCUGAUGAUCUCAAUGAGAUAGGCAUUGAUAACCCUGUGCACCAAAGUCGUAUCAUCAACAGUCUUCGGGACAUGAAGUGACAUCAUGUGACUGUACACAGAUGGCUGAUGACUAUCUAUAUAGUUAUAUGAAUCAUUCAUCAGUUGCCCUAUGUUUAACAUCCUGGGUAGCAUGGUAAAUAAAACUGUCUAGGUUUUAUCUUAUUAUUUUGGUUUGACCACAGAAGUUAUAUGAUAUAUAUGAGCUGCUGAUCUGUUCCAUAGCCUUGCUUCUCUUACAAUUCUCAUACAGAUAAAAUCUCAUUGCUAUAACCCAUUGGCUUAAUAAUACAAUUUUCUUUUUCAGAUUUUCUUUUGUUUGUUUUAGCACCAUUUGAGUAUAUUAUUUGAUUAUCAUUUUAUAGCUCCAUGACAUUGAUUUGUUAUUUUCAAUUCUAAUAUAGAUGAAAAUGUGAAAUAUUGACAUUUGACCUUUAUAUUAUUUAGUAAAGUUAUUAUUUUUGUAACAGUAUAUAUAAUUUACUUAGCUUUAUACUUCUGAUCACUACUGAAGAAAUUUGUGACCAGCUUCUGCUUUUUUGAAUCCUGGAAAAUUUUCCAGAUUGUAGAAAUCUGAAACUUUUUUUACCAAUUUCUUUUUCAUAUUUAAUCUCUGAAACUUGUUAUUUCAGACGUUAACUUAUUCACCCCUGAAGACACAUUUGAGCUCUUCCAAUUCAAAGGUUGGAAUAGUUCAUUACAAAAUUUCUUGGGUGAAUGAGUUAAUGUGUUUGGACUGAUGGUGUUCCCCUGUAUAUAUUUCUAAUGGGAAGUCCUUGGAUUAUCUGUCCUGAAUUACAUAUGCCCACAGCUUGACCUUUAACCCAGGCAGUGUACAUAUCAUUAGGGUAACCAAGUGACCAAUAGGAAUGGAAAGAUUUUAACCAAUCAUCUAUAGAUGUAACAUUUUUGAGAAGUUUAGCAGUGAUCAAUUCAAUACAUUCCCCAAGGAAACUCUCAAAUUCAGGAGUGACUUUCUAGACCUAUAGGAUAUUAUUGCCAGCUUUUUUUACUGUUUAAUUACUAAAUCUGUAUUAAACCUUAUCACAUAUCGAGUCAAAAAAUCUGUAGUCAGUACAGGGUUACUUUCGUUUCAGUGAAGAAACAUUUCCUUCAAUAGUCACUACUACACAUGUAUUACAAUAAUUAUCAUAAACUAAGAGAUAUCUCAAAAUGUCCCAUUUGUCACAAGUAAACCCAUUUAAGAUGAUUUAUUUAUUUAUACCUCCUAUACAAAAUACUCUGUUUUAAUGUUUAUCUCGAAGUUAUAUCAAUAUCAAUAUACGUCAAUGUAAUAAAGAUGGAAUAAUAUUAUAAAUAUGAAUCACAGAAUCAUCUAGACCACUGAAUUGAUUAAAAUGAUUGAUGUGUAUUUUCUUAAAACAAGAGAUGUUUUAAUAAUUGUCAGCUCUGUAUAAAAUAUCCACAAAAUAACAGUAUUUUCAUAACAUGUAAAUUUCAGUUUUUCAUCUUUUUCUUAAUCCAUUUCAUUGCUUCCAACACAUGGCAAUUUUGGAUAAUUUUGUGAGUUCAUUUUGAAGACAUUUUCCACAAUUGGGAAAAUUGGACAUGUAUUAUUUAUGAAUUUGUGCAGAAAGUACUGAUAUUUGUAUGCUUAAUGACAUAGCCAGUUUUUGUCUUCAAGUACCAUGUACAUGUCUUACUUUAAAAGAAUUGAAUUCUUUCAUACAAUUGGUGUUUAGAAACUGCUGAUGGCAUGUAUCAAGGUACCACUGUGGAUGGUACCGUCUUAUAGGUAUUAAGAUUUAAUAUAUUUGUAACCUUAAACAGAUGUUGAAAUUUAAAUCUUUGUCAGGUUUAACAUGCUAACAAUUAUUUCUAUGUGAAAAUGUCUAAAGCUGUUUCGUGUCAUCAUAUAUGUGUGUUCUAUUUUGAUAAAUUUAUUAUUAUAUACAUUUUUAUUUUAUUGUUUCAUGCGUAUGAAAUUUGCCAUAGUGCUUUUAUGCUAUGUAUAAAUGAUAUAGCUUACUGAUGUGUAUAUCUACUCUGACUGUUAAUUCAGAGCGACAUGUCACCCUGGACACUCCAGGGGUUACGCUCACCCCUGGAAUAUGUCAUU